AUGCGUGAGGCCAUUUGCAUCCACAUCGGCCAGGAUAGAGUUGGCAUUGUCCAAACUUGCAGGGAGGACAAGACCAUCGGUGGUGGAGAUGACGCAUUUAACACGUUCUUCUCCGAAACUGGCGCUGGAAAGCAUGUCCCUCGUUGCGUCAUGGUGGAUCUUGAACCGACGGUUGUGGAUGAAGUUCGCACCGGUACCUACCGACAGCUUUUCCAUCCGGAGCAGCUGAUUUCUGGUAAAGAGGAUGCUGUCUCUUGGCGCAUUUUGAUCCUGCAGCAGGUUUGCUUCACAGUUAGUUCCAUUUCUCACGUAGUGGACUUGUGA